UGGCCUCAACCAGGCCAAGGCCAUGUGGUCACUGGAAUUGCAAAACUGAGAGGGGGCUGGGUACAGCAAUGGAGGGAUAAAAGGAUCAUAGACGCCCCUUUCACAUCACUCUUCUAGACACAGCACAGACCCAAGAUGAGGGUUCUGUAUACUGUAGCUGCCCUUCUUCUCUGUGGGCUGCUGUCUGCAGAUGCCCAAAUUAAAAAUAAUGUCUUGGAUAUGGAAGAUGACAUCUGUCCAAGGCCUCCUUCUGUCAAAAAUGGCUAUGUUGAACACGCGGUCCGCUAUAAGUGUGAUAAAUACUAUAGACUGAAAAGUGAUGGAGAUGGCCUCUACAUCUUAAAUAAAGAGAAACAGUGGAUUAAUAAGGAUGUUGGUGAAGAACUACCUACGUGUGAAGCAGUAUGUGGAAAACCUGCGAAUCCAGCCAAGCCAGUACAGCGGAUCAUUGGGGGCUCCAUAGAUGCUAAAGGCAGCUUUCCCUGGCAAGGUCACAUGGUUUCCCAGAGAAAUCUCAGCAGUGGAGCUACUCUGAUUAGCGAUCAGUGGUUGUUGACCACAGCUAAAAACCUCUUUCUGAGUCACGAAACAAAUGCCUCUCUUGAAGACAUCAUCCCUACCUUGAAGCUCUUCUUGGGGAAGAAGCCUGUGGACAUCGAUCGUGUGAUUCUACAUCCCAACCACUCUAUGGUGGACAUUGGACUUAUCAAACUUAGAAGUAAAGUACUUGUUGGUGAGAAGGUGAUGCCCAUUUGCUUGCCCCAGAAAGACUAUGCAGAAGUAGGGCGUGUAGGUUAUGUGUCUGGUUGGGGAAGAAACAUCCAUUUUGCUUUCAGUGAACGUCUGAAGUAUGUCAUGCUGCCUGUGGCUGACAAUGACAAAUGCGUUGAACACUACGAAGGCAGCACAGACCCGGAGGAGAAGGGAGCAAAGAGUCCUGUUGGAGUCCAGCCCAUACUGAACCAAUAUACAUUCUGUGCCGGUAUGAGCCGAUUCCAAGAAGACACGUGCUAUGGUGAUGCUGGUAGUGCCUUUGCUAUUCAUGAUGAGGCUGAUGACACCUGGUAUGCAGCUGGUAUUCUGAGCUUUGAUAAGAGUUGUGCAGUGGCUGAAUAUGGUGUUUAUGUCAAAGUGCCUUCCAUCUUGGACUGGAUCCAAGAGACAAUAGCCACCAACUAAAUAGGAGGCAGGCUGGAACUCUGGUUUUGUCUUGUUUUUUGGCACCAGCUCAAGGCUUGUAAUGAGUUGUACGGUAUGGCAAGAUUUCACAUAUGAUUGAGCAAGUUGGAUAUCAAAAUAUAAAUGAGUGGGAGCUAGUCAAGCUAAGUAUAAAUAAUAAAGUAUUCUCUUUUGAAUAUA